AUGGCAGAAUCCAACUUCAACCAGGCGGCGGAGCAGCGGCAGCAAUUGGAUAGCCUUGCUUCAUGCUUCAACAAUCCAGCCAGCUUCCCCGAUGUGACAAUGACCUGCGAUGGAAAGAAGUGGCGAUGUCACCGGAUGGUCCUGGGCAUGCGAUCUGAGACGUUUCGACGCAUGUUUUCUAACAACUUCAUGGAAGCCGGCCAGUCUGAAAUUCCCCUUCUCGGAUGCGACCCUUUCGCACUGGAAGCUGCCUUGGAAUACUGCUACACCCUCAAAGUCCGAUGCCAUGACCUAGCGCAAGAUGGAAAAAUGAGCCUGGCGCUCUUCCACGUCCACCUUUUCGAAAUCGGCGAAACUCGUUUCAUCAGAGGCCUCGCCGGUCUAGCGGCAGACGGCUUCAAGAGAGCCAUCGACUCUGACGACAUUACUCCCGAGCAACUAGCCGAAGCAAUUAGAGCAGCGUAUGCCGUGUCAGAUCCUACGCGACUGCUGCGCGACCCCAUCAUAAACAGAGUGCUGAACAACAAGGAAACAUUGUUGAGUGGUAGCAUGCGUUGCUUCAACGAGCUAGUUUCAGGGGGGUCAGAUUUUGGAUAUGAGAUGAUAAGGGCUCUGAGGGCCCACACCGGAUCCGCCAACAUUCCGCUUGCUCGCCUCCAGGUGCUGGCAGGUGAUCCGACGGGUCGCCGCGUCGCCAUCGGGCUGGUUGCCAUGGACAAUCCAGUCGGCGGUAAUACGAACAGUCCGCCAGUUCUCGUGGUCACCGUUGGAGUGGACGCUCAGGGCCGCAUCAACUACCGCGUUCGCGCCACCGACCUGACAGGCCACACCGUUCUUGGUGGUGCUAGCCGUGCCAACUCUAUCAGCUGGACGGGUCUUCUCGCCCGCCGUCUCCAGCUCCUCGGCCGAUUCACCUGUGCCACGGAAGCUGAAGUCCGAACCUUCGCCACCAACUUGGACGCAUCUGUUCGUUCGGGGGGAAAUACCGAUGCAGAUCGCCUCCCACUGGCCGAGCGCUCGCCAAGCCGUAAUUCGAACGGUCAGGGCCGGCGCUCGACCGCAUACUAG